GUCUGCUGCUUGAUAAAUACGUAGCAAUUGCUGCAAGUAGUACCAGGGCCUUGCGACUGAAGACUCCACCGAACUUGCUGGCUUUAUUGAACUACCGUUGUUGGCCUUCAGCAUUACGUAGAAGACAUUGAAAACAAACCAAAAUGUCGAAGACUGCGUAUAUGCGCGGUCUGCAGGUGUUUAUAUCAGAUAUCAGGGCUUGCCAGAACAAGGAGCAGGAGCAGCGGCGCGUGGAGAAGGAGCUAGCAAAGAUCAGGGCAAAAUUUGGCGAGGACAAGAGCUUAAGUGGCUAUGACCGGCGAAAGUACAUCUGGAAGCUCCUGUAUAUCUAUAUGCUGGGCUUUGACAUUGACUUCGGUCACAAGCAGGCGUGUGACUUAAUUCCAAUGCCGAAGUACUCAGACAAACAAGUCGGGUACAUGGCCUGCUCGCUCCUGCUGCAAGAGAACGACGAGUUCCUGCGCUUGGCCAUCAACGCCAUCCACUUGGACCUGACCAGCCGGAACGAGGCGUUCCAGGCGCUGGCGCUGAGCUUCGUGGGCAACAUUGGUGGCCAGGAGAUGGCGGAGGCACUGACGCUGGACGUCAUCAAGCUCCUGACGAGCGGCGCCUCGCGGCCGCUCAUCAAGAAGCGCGCGUCGCUGUGCCUGCUGCGCAUGCUGCGCAAGACGCCGGCGGACGCGCCGCUGGUGGUGGCGGCGGACACGUUUAGCCCGACCAUGGCGGCGCUACUGGAGGAACGGGACCUGGGCCUGCUGCUGUGCUCGGUGACGCUGCUGCACGGCUUGGUGGCGCGCUCGGGCACAGGCGGCUACGAGACGUGCCAGGGCCGUGUCAUCAAGAUCCUGGAGCGCCUGGUGCGCGAGCGGGAGCGCAUCCCGCCCGAGUACUUGUACUACGGUAUCCCCUCGCCCUGGCUGCAGGCCCGCUGCCUGCGCGCGCUGCAGCUGUUUCCGCCGCCGGACAGCGCCACGGAGCGCAAGGCGCUGCACGACGUGCUGCAGAACAUCAUCGCCACGACGAGCGCUGAGGCUGCCAAGAACGCCAACCCCAACAAGACCAAUGCGCUGAACGCGAUCCUGUUUGAGGCGCUGGCUGUGGCCCUGCACCACGCCUCCGCCACCAACAACGCCAUGGCCGCCACUGGCCCCGACGCCGCCAACGACCGCGCUACGCUGGGCUCGUGCCUAUCGCUCAUGGGCCGCUACCUGGCUGGCAAGGACCCCAACGCCAAGUACCUGGCGCUGGACUCUCUGGCGCGGCUGGCGGGUGCCAUGCCGGAGGUGCUGGAGGGCGUGCGCCACCACCAGGCCACUGUCAUGGCCAGCCUAAAGGACCCGGACGUGUCCAUCCGGCGGCGCGCGCUGGACCUGCUGUUCGCCAUGUGCGACGCGGCGUCGGCGCCCGAGGUGGUGGGCGAGCUGCUGAAGCACCUGGUGGUGGCUGACUUUGGCGUGCGGGAGGAGCUGGUUCUCAAGAUUGCCAUCCUGGCCGAGAAGUUCGCUCCCAGCAUGCAGUGGUACAUGGACGUGGUGCUGCAGCUGCUGGAGCGCAGCGGUGACUUCGUGUCGGACGAGAUCUGGCACCGUGCCGUGCAGCUCGUCACCAACAACCCCUCCAUGCAGGAGUACGCGGCGCGCAACGUGGCGGAGUCGCUCAAGCGCGGCGCCGCGCACGAGUCGCUGGUGUGCACGGCCGCCUACAUCCUGGGUGAGUACGGGCGGCUGAUCCGCGCCGAGGUGCCGCCCGCGGAGCAGUACCGCCUGCUGCACGGCGCCUUCCCGGCCGCGUCGCAGCCCACCAAGGGCCUGCUCAUGACGGCUCUGCUCAAGAUCUACCUGCUAGAGCCAACCAACGCGACGCUGUCGCGCGACGUGCGCGAGCUGUUCGACCGCUACAAGCGGUUCAUGGACGCCGAGCUGCAGCAGCGCGCCACCGAGUACCUGCAGGCGCUCGCCGCCAACCCCCAGGCCGCCACUACAAGCUUCAUCCUGCCCAUGCCGGCCUGGCAGAUCCGCGAGUCCUCGCUCAUCAAGCGCCUGCAGCCCGAGGGCAGCGAGGCCACGGGCGAGGGCGGCCUGGCCGCCGCUGGCAGCCUGGCUGCCGCUGACGCACCCUCCACCCUGGCCGGCGCCAACACCUCGCCGCUGCUGUCCGUGCCCAUGCCCGGCAGCGGCCUUUCGCCGGCGCUGCAGCCCGGUGGCGGCGGAGACCUGCUGUCCAUGAACAGCACCUCGCGCGGCGGCGCAGCGCCCGCGCCCGGCAACGGCGCCUUCGGGGCCGCGCCCGCCGCUGCCGCGGCGGCGGCGCCGCCUAAGCCGGCCACGCCCGUGGACCUGCUGUCGGACCUGUUCAGCGACGCCGUGAUCGCGCCCAGCGCCCCCGCGCCUUCGGCGGUGCCAUCGGCGGUGCCAUCGGCGGCACCGGCCGGCUACCCUGGCGCGUACCCUGGCGCGCCGGCGCCAGCGGGCUACCCCAUGGCAGUGCCCAGCGCCUACCCCGGGGCACCGGCGCCUGCCUACCCCGGCGCGCCAGCGCCAGGGUACCCCGGAGCGCCGGCGUCAGCGUACCCUGGCUACCCCGGGGCGCCGGCUGCGGUGCCCCAGGGCGCUGCGCCGGGCUACCCGGGCGCCCCCGCGCCAGCGGCGAACCCCUUCCCGUCGCCGUACGGCCCACCGGCCGCUGCGGCGCCGCCGCCGGCCGCCACCGCGAACCCCUUCGCGGCGAACCCCUUCCCCGCCACCGCGCCCGCACCUGUGCCGGUGGCGGUGCCGGCAGUGGCCGCCACCGCCGAUCCAUUUGGGGACAGCCACUUCGGCGCGCCUCCGGCACCCGCGCCUGCACCAGUGCCGCCACCCGUGCCCACCGGUGACGUCAAUGCCUGGUACUCGGCUCUCUUGCUCAAGGAGCGCGGCAUCCUGUACGAGGACCAGUACCUGCAGAUCGGGCUGCAGAGCCAGUACACGCGCGGCCGCGGCAACAUUGUCCUGUACUUCGGCAACAAGCACGCCGGCGCGCAGCUGACCAACGUCAGCCUGGUGCAGACGGUGCAGUCGCCGGGCGUGGCGAUGACGCCUGGGCCCAUGCCGGCGGUACUGGAGCCCAAGCAGCAGCUGCAGGUGUCCAUCGGCCUCACCUGCUUAGGGCCCUUCACCGAGGCGCCGGCGCUGGCACUCAACUAUGGCGUGGCCGGCGCGCCGGCGCUGAACGCGAUGCAGUUGCGGCUGCCGGUGGCGAUGCACAAGUUCAUGGCGCCGGAGGUGCACAUCCCCAAGGAGGUCUUCUUCGACCACUGGCGCGCCGCGCAGCCCGCCAACAAGGCGCAGGAGAUGGUGGACCGCGCCGCCGCCGGACCCAUUUCGCCGGAGACGGUGCAGGGCCUGAUGCGGCUGCUGCACCUGGGCGUGGAGCACGGCUACCUGGACCCCUCGCCGCACAACGAGGCAGGCGCGGCGUACUGGGCCUGCGGGCCCGCCGACCCGCAGCGCGUGGUGCUGUGCUGCUGCCGCGUGGAGGCCAACCCGCAGAACCGCGCGCAGUUCCGCGUCACAGUGGUGGCGGACCAGCCCGAGCUGGCGCAGGGCGUGCACGCGCUGCUGGUGGCACAGCUGAAGGCCGCGCCUUCGUCGUGAAAGUGAGGCGCGCGUGAGCGGGUGGAGGGGGGAGGUCGUGUGUACGGAGGAAGGGUGCGGGCGGUGCGGGGCUUAAUUGGCGCGGAGCAGGUUGAGGAGCUGGCGCAGGAGGGAAUGUGAGGGUUUGCGGUGGAGCUGUGACGGGUAUUUCCGGGGAUGCGGAGGCCUUGCACAUCCGGCUCGGGUAGCCGAAUAGGUUUGCAGUGGGUCUGCAAUGUUCGUGUUGAGCUCCUAGUUGGGAUGCGGUUUUCGCCAUGAACAUUGGCGUCAACAUCAUCACUCCUAUACUUGCUGUGUUAGGUGGGAGCGCGGCUCAUGUGUUGCCUUUGGGAGCUGAGCCGUGGGUUCUAGGUAUUGCACACCCAAUCCGGUCCGCAUGCAUACCGUAUGGCAAGGAGGCACAUAAAUGUGCAUGUGGUGUUGGGCUGGGUUUUAAGGUGCGCGGUGGCGCGUUGGUGAGAUUCAGGUCCGAACCGGUGUAAGGGCACGGUGCAUGGCGUCGUCGCUGACGGGAACUUGCGCGGUCGCAAAGCCGUUGUGUCCUUCAAUUAUUGCUGACUCCUAUGUGGCUAUGUGACGAUGCCCCUGGGUCCAAUUUGCCUCACUCAAUCGCCAAGAUCAACCGCGCAGGCAGCUUCCAAAGGCAGCUGGAGGUAUGGCGCGCGCCCCACUCGCAAUUUACCAGCGGGUGGGGCGGCCAAUAGGCCCGCUUCUUAGGUGAAUGGGGCGGUCCCACGCAAAUCGUAAUUAUAUCGAAAGUUGCAAAUCCACAUGCAGAUAGCUCCAAAAUGCAUAAGGUUCUCGCCCGGAAGCCGCGAGAGAAGUUCCCCGCGCUCCCGG